AUCUUGGCUGUUAUUUAAAGCCAAACCGCCGUGCGCACUUUCUCUGUCGGUGCCUUUCGCGUGCACACAUACAGGCUUACGGAGCGCGAGCCGCUCGCUCUCUCUCUCUCACUCACAGCUGCAGCCAGAGCGCGAGAGCAAGAAAGAGAGAGAGGGAGAGAGAGAGAGGGAAAGAGAGAGAGGGAGAGAGAGGGGGAACAGAGCGAGCGUUCGAGACACGCAGACAGAGGCGCGCGAGGAGAGGAGAGAUGAAACUCGUCGGCGCGGUUUACGUCCUGCUUCUGCUUCCCGCGUGCAGCUUCAACAGCAGCUAUGAAGUGCUGGAGAAGAAGCUGAAGGAGGUGUUCACAGAGAGGACGGGGAUUCUGCGACAACUCUCCAAAACAUCAAAGGAGCUGGACAGCAUAAAGGGCAACCUGCAGUCUCUGAAGAACGACGACGCCGUGCCCAAAAAGGAUGUGCAGAGGAUUCUGGAGCUCAGUCACAAACAAAGAGAAGAGAUGAAGUCUCUACAGACGGCUCUUCAAAAACAACUGGACGAAGCGGCUGAACGAGCGGAGAAACAGCAAGCCACGAUCAAGUUUCUGAAGAUGGAGAUGGAGAAGAAGACCAAAAUCAUCAAAGAUCUGCAGCAGGAGAACAAAAGCUUGAAGAACAAACUUCUUUCUGGGAAUAAACUCUGUGACAUUCAUGCAGAAGAGUCCAAAAAAAUCCAGGCCCAACUGAAAGAGCUGAGGUACGGAAAAAAGGAUUUAAUUUUCAAGGGUCAGCAGCUAAUGGAUCUGGAGAACAAGCUGAGAGUCGCCAAAGAAGAGCUGGAGAAAGCAGCUCUGGACAAGGAGUCACAGCUGAAGGCCCUGAAGGACACCGUCCAUAUCUGCUUCUCAUCUGUCCUACACAGCCAGACGGUCAGUUUACACAGACUGCCGGCCACGCCCACCCACCUGAUGAGAUACUCGCCCCUGGUCAACAACUCCAGAGUCACCUUCCAGCAACCACACGCCAAGGACAUCCCAAAAGUUCCCAGAAUCACAACAAGUAAAUUGCCCGUGAAUGUGGAGGUAAUGAGGAGAGAUCCUACAGGAGUCAAGGACUGCCAGAUGGUAAAGGUGGGGGCCGAGUGUUUCCAGAACCAGACUGAGAGAACAUCUGUGGAGAAAACAAAGACUGGCCACAACCAGAGUCUGUGGCCCGUGACUUCAAAUAUAUUUCUCCUUCUGGCCCCCAACAAAAAAAGUUUGGACACCCCUGGUGUAACAGCCCCGGAGCUCAGAGAGCAGCGGACACGGCAGCGCACGGACGCCGGCGGACAGCGGCAAGACGGAGAGCGGCCCGGAAAAUACGCACCUGGACAAACACAACUAAGAGACAAUGAGAUAGCAGAUCUUCUGCAUGGUAGAGAUGAAGCCAGAUCAGUUUAAGACCCCCUAUCUCUCACUCACUCAGAGCAUAAAAGCACACACACACACACACACACACACAUACACAUAUACACACACAUACAUGCACAAAAGAGGAUCGCCCUGGGAAAAAGCAGUGUCUUUGGAUUUCAUUGGUUCAAAUUGAGUCAAAUGGUUUCUCUAGAAUAAAACCUCUAAAUAUAUAUAUAUAUAUAU